UCCGUCCGGCCCACUGAAAAUAAAGUUGACCAAGAACUGGAACAAGAUGGCAUCUGUGUUCCAAAAUGUGAAAGCAACAGUGGCGUGGCGGAAACACCGGCUCCUAAAUGACCUCAAUGAGAAUGAGAGCCCUGUACCUGACAAAUUCAAGAGAAGGACCUCUCUCAGUUCUCUCAAUACCAUUCACAUGUCUUUAAGGAAACGGGUACCACUAAAGCGAGUCGAGCUGAAUUUUGACAAAACACCAACUAGGGAAAGUCUGGAACCAAGGCAGAGAUGCCGAACUCUUCAGACAAUUAAAAGAACAGCAAAAUAUGCUUUUGGAACCAUGUCCCAGAAAAUACAGAAGUCUUGCCAAAGCCCAGUAGGCUCAGUGGUGACCUUUCCAGUCGAGUCGAUCAGCAGAAGCUGUGCGACCAGUUCUACCAAAAAAAGAACUGCUACACCUCAAACACCUUGCUGUAAUACUUCAGCAGCCAGUUCCAAAGGCACUCCAAGGUCCAGCAAAAGGGCCUUGCUUGGGCCAACAAAGGUAUCAGAACAUAGAGAAUGGAGGGAUUUCUCAUCCUGGCUUGGUAAAAAUGCUGUCUCUCUCCGGAGAUCCAGAAGAGCAGCGGCACUGAAGAGCCCUUAUUCAUCUCCUGCCCCUUCCAGCAGAAAGAUAGAGUUUGACUGGGAGUUGGAACUGGUCUCUUCAGGGAUUUGCCAAUUGAAGCGUAUCUCCCAAGCAUUUGAUGAUGCCAUUGUGAAAGAGGAGAGUGAUAUGACAGUUUCUCUCAUUCGUAACUGAAGAUAGUAGCAACCAGGCAACAAGCAAUAUCAAACUACUACUAUCUAAUGGCACAAAACUCACAGUCUGUACAUCAAUCCCUGAAACCGCCUCAAGCUAUCAGAAGACAAGCAAAGAAAUGCCAUCAAGCACUUGGACUUCCUGACUGAAUAGCAAGAAUUACUUACUUGGCACUGUGCCUGGUAUUUCUUUGUGGAUCGUCCAACUAUGUAGAUCUGAGAU